AUGAGCAAACGUGCCGCCAAAAGUGCCAGCAGUGCACGCGCAGCUUCUACCUUUGGUGCAUCCACAUUCGGCUCCUCGCCAGCCACCGCAACCUUUGCCGUCGCAUCAUCACAACUGUCCUACGUCUCGGAGCCGCCGGACUUCUCCGCCAUCUCAGAUCCCAAUGUCGUGGUGUACUUCCGGAACCUCUCCAAGAAAGACAGCACAACCAAGGCAAAAGCGCUCGAGGACAUACAGGCAUAUGUCGCGAAGGAGUCGGCAGUAGAGGAAGGGCUGCUCGAAGCAUGGGUGGCCUCGAUUGACAACGCCAAAGCCGUGCGCCAGAAUGCGCACCACCUGCACGGCCAGAUCGCCGCCUGGGCCGGCAAGCGCAUCGCCAAACACAUGCCCCAGAGCGUCGCGGCGUGGUUAUGCGGUCUCUACGACAGCGACCGGUCCGUGGUGGAAGCUACCCAGAGCUCGCUGCGGCAGGUCUUCAACACGCCCGAGAAGAUCCAGAACAUACGCAAGGCAUACCAGCAGCCCAUCUUGGAGUACUGCAGGGACGCCAUCGACAAGGAAAGCACCGCCACGCUGAGCGACGAGCGGAACGUGACCCCCGACGACGCAGAGGCAAAGUACAGCCGCGUCAUAUCGGCCUGCAUAUCGCUGCUGGGCAGCUUGCUGUCGAAUCUACCGCGUGAGGAGCUGUCCAAGUAUCAGACCGACUACGAGGCAUUACUGGGAGACAAGAAGCUCUGGGAGUUUGCAUCCUCGAAAGACGCUUCGAUACGGCGGUCACUGCACCGCUUCCUGAAGACGUGUGUAGCCAAGGAGCCCGAGGCUGUCAAGGCCAACCUCGAGACCAUCAGCAAGUCGUACCUCUCUGUCGCCCUCAACUCCGACCAGACCAAUUCGGCAUUUGAGUACAUCGACGCCCUAACAGCCCUGACGUCGGAUCAUCCCACCGCGUGGACCGAACACUACACAAGUAAGACAGCAGUAGACCGACGCCUGCGUCAAUUCUUGAAGAAAGGAUCGCAGUCAGGACCUCGCGACUACUGGGCACGGCUGACUGCUCUGUUCCACGCCAUUCCCAGCGAUGUGCUGCCUCGCAAUGCCGCAGAUUCCGCUGAGCUUCUGGGCGCUCUACAGGGUGGAAUGAUCAAGAAGGACGAGCCCAAGCACAACUAUGAAGUCGCAUUCGGAACUUACCUCGAUGUUGUUGCGCUUCUUAACGCUCGCCUUGACAACGAGGACAAGAAGAAGCUGCUGGAUGAGAUGGUACUGCCGCUGUUGACACAAUAUCUCCAGCCAUCGGUGGAAACGUCGCAGUGGUCACUCCCAUCAAGCGCCAUAUCAGUGCUUGCCAAAGCCGCCCGAAUCGAUGGCAUGGCGGCUGCACUAGCUGAACAGUGGCCAACGUACACGAAGCAGCUUGUUGAUGCGAUCAAAACCUCGGCCCCAGAGCAAUCAAAAGACUACGAAAAGUCACAAGUAGCCGUAGGUCGGCAUGCAACACGACUCGCCACCCUCCAAGAACAAGCCCUCAAGCACGAAGCUUUUGCGCCUGUGCAAACCGUCUUCGCACACGCGUCUGCAAAUGUGGUCACUGAGGCACUGAGCGUAAUCAAGAGUCGAAACGGCAAGCCAUACGGGGCCGCUGAAGCCAUCGCGGCGAUCCUCAAGCGUAACAGCGCCAUCCUAGCCAGCACCGAAACUCAACAAGAGCUCGAACUGUUUCUCCAUUUCCCCGAGAUGUGGAGCAGCACGCUCAAAACCAUCCUGCAAGAGCCCGAGUCAUCAGCCAGGACGAAGGCUUUGGAGGCAAUUCUUACUUCUCCAAGGAUACCAGCCUCGUUCGACCUCGCUUCGCGUGAUUCCGAACUUCAAACUUUCGUCAAGAGCAGCGUGCGCGAGUCUGUAGAAAGCUCUGGGGAGUGGGAUUCGUUCAGUCGUAUCUUGCAAUCACCUGCCAAAAUUAUUGCAUCCGACACUACCGACGACAUCCUUUCCUACCUCACACAGUCAUUGACUAUAUCGCAACAGGCACCCUAUUCCCUGCAAGUUCUACGUCACAUUGUGCGAUCAAACCCGUCCAUGCUACGAGAGUUCGUCGGUACUCCCAAAGGCUCCAAGCUUCUUCAGGGCUUGCUCCUUGCUUCCGAGUCUCCUAGCGACGAGAUCGCACAAAGCGCCUUAGCUGUGAAUGCUUCUAUCCAGACGAUGCUUGCCUCCGGUUCAGACAGCAAGCAGUCGAUGUUCGAGCUUAUCCAGCAAGGCCUUCGAGAGGCAACACCCACUUCUGUGUCCGUUGAAACACUUGUUGAUCUUGCUAAGCAGUGCAUCACCGCUGGCCAAGAAUGGGAUGUCCUGAAAAAUGUACUUCCGGUCGUGCACGAUUGGGAGAUAUCUUUGGCUCCGUUCCUAGAUUCUCCACCGAGACCAUCGCUGGCCAUUACGAACCCUCUAGGUGGCGCGGUGUAUCUUGUAGAUCAAACAGCUUCUUCAACCUUACCCAAGGUCCCUCGCGACGCCGAUGGCUACUCUGCUGCGUACCGAAUUACACAGUACGUGACCCGCUUACUGCAAGAGACAGACCUAUUUCCUCCCGAGAAGAUCCCAGCCGAACUGAGAGACAACUACCUUCGUCUCGUGGCGCUCACCAUACAACUGGCGGAUGAUAAUCUAGGGCUGGCUGGAGCCAACGGCCUCUGGGUCAACUACAACGCCGAAGCCGAAGCUGAUGCGAUGACGUUCAUCUCUGAUGCGCAACCCUUUGUCACCCAGGAGCUAAAAUAUCUGUCAUCGGAGUGGUCUGACAAUGGCCUUCUACCAUGGGCUACGCAGCUGCUGAGCAACGUUGAGGCCACGACCUCACCACGAUCCUACUACACUGCUCGGGCAUACAGUGUGCUUAUUUCGGAUGCGAUCGAGAUGACAGGCUGGCGUAACGCGGCAACACCAUCUCUUCAGGAUGGGCUGAAAGCUGCUCGGAAAGAGAAAGCAAUCAUGCCCAUUCUCGCAUAUCUCAGCGCCUUCAAGGAGCCACUGGCAGCGGCAAAAGCCUGUGAGCGGAUGUGCAAUGAGCUCAUCGCCGAUCUCACUGGCGUAGACAUUGCGCAAAAGUCCGACGAGGCUCUUCGCCAACUUGUGCAACUGAACAGCGUGCUCGGCCAGGAGGGCAUAAUCGAAAGCAUUGCAAAACAACGACUCGUUUUCUUUGUCAAACACGUCGUCCCGUGGGUUCAAUCUGCUGAGGUCGGUCGGCCUAUCAGAGCUGAGCUAUGCCGCGCUUUGACUGUCCUGAUCCCCAUCAUGGGGGAUAUGUAUGGCGAGCACUGGUCCGAUCUACUAAGCUCCCUUUCCGCUUCUUGGGUGUCUACCAAUGGCCUCGACAAUGAGACUGGAGAGGACAGCUCUAUCCCAUUUGUCCAUGCAUCCCUAAAGCUUUACGCGCAGCUUCGAAGCCUGACGCAAAUCGAGGAGCCAAAUGAUGAUCUCAUUGACGCCUGGAAAGAGACGGAGCAAGCUGUCGCUGAUGGCCUCAUCAACCUGCUUAAGCAUUCUCAACACUUCCCCGACGAGUUUCAUCAGCCUCUCAAAAUGGUCAACGAUGUGCUUUCUCGACAAAUCGCAAAGGUCUCACUCAAAAACCUUGAAUCUACCGAGGAGCUGUUCCCUCUGCUAUAUGUGGAAUCGCAGCCUGUGCAGCAAACUGCGUUCAACAUCCUACACAAGCAAAUCCCCGAGGCCCAGGAACAGAUCUCGGUUGAUGCAGCCCUAGAGAAGACGACAGCACGUUUACCCGAGGAGUUAUUGUCGCUCAUCAUCGACGCGCCCACGGUUGCUGCACUUGCGGAAGCCAACUUCGAGCGUAACGUGCCGCUGCCGCUGCGAGGCUACCUGUUAAGCUGGCUACUUGUGUUCGAUCACCUUGAGCACGCAUCCUUCAAGGUGAAGAAUGACUAUGUCGAGCACAUCAAAGAGGGUGAAUACCUUCCGGGUCUACUGAACUUUACUUUUGACUUCCUUGGCCAUGCACACAACAAACCGGUGGACGUUUCGAAGCUCAACGUUACCACCUACGAGCCGGAUGUCGAGCCACCCAAACGCGACCUCCAAUGGCUAUUGACGCAUUUGUACUUCAUGUGUCUGCGGCAUGUACCGUCUUUGACGAAGGCCUGGUUCAUCGACUGCAAGUCUCGAGCAACAGUGGUGACGCUGGAGCCAUGGACCGAGAAAUUCAUUUCUCCACCCGUCAUCUCCGCCGCCCUCGAUUCGGUAACCACCUGGUCCGCCCAACAAGACGAUACCUCCCCCUUCACAGUCCGCGUCGCCCCGCGCGCCCGCGAAAUCACUGCCUCCUACCUCAUCGAUGAAGCCACCUGCAGCAUGCGCAUCUCCCUCCCACCUGCCUUCCCCCUCGCCAAUGCACGCAUUGACUCCCUCGCUCGCGUCGCCGUCAACGAAACCAAAUGGCAAUCCUGGCUGCGCACCUCUCUCGGCGCCAUCACCAUCUUCAACGGCAGCAUCAUCGACGCGCUGACUACGUUCAAGCGCAAUGUCGACGGCGCAAUGAAGGGGCAGGUUGAGUGUGCGAUUUGCUAUAGUGUGGUGGGCAGCGAUAAAAGACUUCCCGAGAAGAAGUGCGGGACGUGCAAGAAUCUGUUUCACGGUGGGUGUUUGUGGAAGUGGUUUAAGAGUAGUGGGAGUAGCAGUUGUCCGCUGUGUAGGAAUCCGUUUAAUUAUGGGGAGCAGAGGAACUAA